AUAAAUUGCACCUCUUCAACAGAGGGAACUCUGGGUGUUUCUCCUUUUCUUUCGGGUGUUCUCUCUCCACUCUACUCUUUUUAGAAAGAUAUAAAAUGGUAUCACAGCCAAUGGAAAAAAAAGGCUGUACAUGAAAAUGGAAAAGAAAGAAAACUCAACAACUUGCAGAAAAGCUCAGGAAAUCCCCAAGAAUUUGUUUAAGCAGCAAAUCUAAGCAAGAUGAAGCCACAGCAAUAUAGGAGGAGCUGACAUGCUAGGGAAGAUGGCCUUGGCAUAAAAAACAAAAGCAUAUGGGGACGGUUAUGAUGACUCAGCUCCUCGACGCUCAAUUUAUCCACACCAAUCGAGAGGCCAAUUGUGUAGUUAAUUGCCUUGCUAAGAAAGGCCCUAAUUUACAUUCUGCUUUUGUUUUGUAUGAACAUUGCCCUGCUCACGUUUGUUAUCUUACCUUUUGUACUGUAAUGCUAUUGGGAAUGUUCUUCCCAGAAUGGUUGUAACCACUGAAUAUCUAAUGUAUCACGUUAUCUAAAAAGGAAAAGGAAAAGCUUCAGCAUCGAGGAGUGUAGUGGAGUUGUGGUGUUAAAGUUGCAACAGUGGGCAGCAAAUUAAAUGCAAAUGAAAGCUGCACCGACAGCACAGCAGCAGUAAGGUGUUGCAGAUGGGUAGCGAAGUUAUUGCGUUAAGUCGAAUGACGGAGCAAAAUAUCUCAUUCAUGGUUAAGUAGCAAAGUUACUGGCGUUCGGUAGAAAUUAUUGCACAAGUAUAAGAAUAACCAUCCAAAAACAAA